GGCAGAGCAGCGCCCCCUGCCCUUCUCGCUUCCCCAUCUGCCGGGAUCCACCAAGGAGCGGCCCGGCUGCGGUUUGGCAGUCAGUUCCCUCCGAAGUUUCAAAGGGCGCCACGUGAUUUCCAUGAACUUGGAGAGAGAGGUUUAGCGGCAGCGGUGGCGUCGUCCGGGGCGGGAGUCUCGGGCGGCCUCCUGCUUUCCCCGGCCCCAGAGCGGGGAAGAGACGGGGAAGCACGCGAGGAGGCCCCGCAGUCAGGUGCAGCGCCGCCGCCUCCUCCUCCACCAGCGUGCCUGGGGUGUCCCCGGCCGCUUUUCGGUCAUCGCGGCUUCACGCUUGCCCCUCGCCGUCGUCUCCCUCGAUGUGCUUCGGGACUUCUUCUUGGCGCACCUCUAGCCAGCAGCAGCUCGCUCCGGGAUGUCUCACGGGCUUCCUGCCGCAGGCAGCAUUUUGCAAAGGAGCUCCUCUUCGGAAGGCACGCAGCAGGGUCACGAAGAUGAUGAAAGGAAAGUAAGGCGGAGAGAGAAGAACAGAGUUGCUGCCCAGAGAAGCAGGAAGAAACAAACACAGAAAGCUGAUAAGCUCCAUGAGGAAUACGAGUGCCUUGAGCAAGAGAAUACCUCCCUGAAAAGAGAGAUUGGGAAGCUGACAGAUGAAAUGAAACAACUGACAGAAGUCUUAAGAGACCAUGAAAAGAUCUGCCCUCUUUUGCACCGUUCCUUAAACUUUAGCUUGAUGCCCAGGCUGGAUGCACUCAGCGGUCCCCUGCCAAGAUGAGGGCUCCUUCUGAGGGCCCUGAAGUGCUACUGAAAUGCUUUCAGGAUCCAACAUCUUCCCUUCAUCAUGCUUUG